ACAUUCUUCCGAAAAAAGAACAGAGCAAGGUCACUCGUCAAAUGUGAAGUAUUCAACAAAUAAAACCCAAUCUAAUUUAUGUCAGGCAGCUUCUGGAAGUAACACAAGCUUAAAAGAAAGUGAGGAAAUCAUUGUUACAAAGGAUAAUAGCUUGGCUGGAGUGAAGAUGGAUAUGGAUUAUAAAGUUACCAGAGGCAGAUGUUCAACUAAUCAAGACAUUCCACAAUAUUCUCAGCAGGGAUCUUCUGGGAUUUAUCCCAAUGCAGAAAAUAUUGGAGCAACCGAUGAACUAGAAAUGACUAAACUAGAAACUGACUCCCGCUAUGAAGAAGGCUCUACCUCAACCCCACCUCCCAGUAUGAUGGAGCCAAUAGUUGAGGUCAUAUCUCCUGAAGAAAUCAGCAAACAUAUUUGCGAGCAGUGCGGGAAACUCUACAAGCAGAAAGGAACGCUCGCAUUCCACCUUCGCUACGAAUGUGGGAAGGAACCACAGUUUUCGUGCGAUUUUUGUGACUACAAAGCAAAACGCAAAACUAGUCUAAAUUCUCAUGUGGCGUUUAAGCACAAAGACAUGAUAAAUUUGUACCUCGGUAAAUAAGUUUUUGCGUCAAUGUUUACUUGGUGUAUCCCCAUCAGCUGUUUGCUUUUACCCAUCAGCUGUUUAAUUGGAUAAAAAAUAUUCUCCUAACUUGAUCUCCGUAAAAAAAUUGGCUUUUACAGAUGUUUUGAUUUAAUUGUGUUGUAGAACUUGUGCAACACCUAGCUAGAAUAUGUUGUGUCUCUGUGGUUGAAUCAGUUUCAAAAUAUUGUUGUCGUAAUUUUUUUAGUUUGACAUCAGAUAAAGUACUGAGCCUAUCCCACCACUUAAUGUUAGUGUUUAGAGUUUAUGGAAGUUUAUCCAUGAAUGUAUUUUAGAGGUGUUAAUCAUGUCUCGAUGGAGUAUAUGUAGUCAAUUGUGUUAGGGACAGUUACAUGUUAUAAGUUGCAAGUCUCUUCGUAUUUUGUUAAAUUUUCUUUGUCUAUCAAUGUUAAAAGUACUUAAUUCGUUCAUACUUAUUUAUGAUCUUCUCUAGGAUUCACGCUAAAGAACCGUUGUAAGGAAGCUUCAUUGAUUUAAUUCUUUAGCAUAACACUAUUACUGUAUGUUGUAAAUGUGAUAAUACUAUCACUGAGAUAGAUUGUUAUUGUUAGAAUGCUGAUACCAAAGUUUCAUUAAAUGUGUCAUAUUCAUUUUUUUG